GCGUGAUCCCUCGUAGGUGCGUAUUUGUUCAAACCUAUGAUUUACUCGCCCGAGAAACUGCACUAUGCCCAUCCGCAGGCGCCUGGAUGGAAACCCGUUAUUGUGCGAUUGCGGCCUCGUCUGGUUCACUCAAAUGCUUCGCGAGAAGCAGACCAUCACGCAGGCCAGUGGACUGUGCUCCCAGCCAGAGUCUCUUCGUGGCAGACCACUGACGUCACUGGACAGCGGCGACUUUGCUUGCGAGAGACCGCGGAUUGUACAAGAGCCGCAGCCCCGAGAAGUGGAGCUCGGCGAAUCCAUCAACCUGACGUGCAAGGCAUUGGGCCAACCCCGACCGAACGUCUACUGGACCCAGAACGGCUUGGACGUGUACUCCGGAGGCAGGAGUGGAUUCGAUAUGCUUGAAGACGGCACGCUGGUCAUCCGCUCGGCACAGGAAGGUCAUGAAGGCACCUACCAGUGCAGAGCAGAAAAUGCGGCUGGAGCAGUGACCUCGAGAAAGGUGCAGCUGCACGUCGUAGGAAAUAUUGAAAACUACGUGGAUAGACAAGAUUACGACAAGCCGCGGAUAGCGGGCACGCCCUCGGACGUUGCAGUCAUGGCUGGCCGCAGCGUGACAUUGCGCUGUCCUGCCACGGGCAGGCCCACGCCUCUGGUGACCUGGAAGCGCGACGGCGUGCCCCUGCUGCAACACGCCCGCUACCACGUCUCACUCUCAGCCGGCAUGCUGCUCAUCUCGGCCACUGACCCCAGCGACGCCGGCACGUACCACUGCAAGGCUACCUCGCCACUCGGCGAGGACAGCGCUACCAUUAGGCUGGACGUGCAGCAGGUUCCAUACUUCUUGGAAAAGCCACGUGAGCAAGAUGUCCUGGAAGGAGUGAACGUGGAGUUCAUCUGCAGUGGCGCGGGUUCCCCACUCCCGGAACUCUCGUGGUACAAGGAUGGUCAACGGAUAACGCCAGAUGGGGAAAGCGUGAAAGUGUUGCAUAGCGGCAAGGUGCUUCGGCUUCAGAGUGUGGCCAGGCAGGCCCAAGGAGUGUAUACAUGCCAUGCCGAGAACGUCGUUGGAUACUCCGAAGCUCACGCGGAUCUCUCCGUCCACUCAAAAACGUCCCCGCAUUUCGUAAGCGCACCGGUCAACACCGAGGCCGACCCGGGGUCCAGCGUCGAGGUGCUCUGCAUGGCGGAGGGUCAUCCGGCGCCGACCCUUUCGUGGCGCAAAGACGGCGCCCCGCUGCCUCUGGGCGGGCGAUUCAGCGCGGGACCGGACGGUCUUCGCGUGGUGCGACUGGAACCGCGGGACGAAGGCCGAUACGAGUGCGUCGCCGAAAACGAGAUGGGACGAGCUGCGGCGCCCUUCUACAUACUCGUACGGGAUUUCGCCGAGGAAGACGCCGGCACGCAUCCUGGCGACCGGUACGUGCUUUCCGCACUGCACGAGGCCGAGCAGUCGGUCGACAGGGCCGUCAACAGCACUCUCGAAGACCUGCUCAACAACAAGAGAAGCACCGUCGGAGGGCGCCACAGGCACGCCCACUUGCUGCGGAUAUUCCGGUACCCGGAUUCGGAGGCCCAGCGCUCGGCCAGGGCCGCCGAAGUCUUCGAGAGGGCGCUCAACAUCAUCCAGGAGCAGGUGGCCGCUGGCAUGCGUUUCAACAUUUCCGAUACAUCGGUUAACAGCCUGCUGUCUCCCGGAUACCUGGACCUCCUGGCUGAAAAGUCGGGCUGCCUGCAACACCGUCAGGUGCCGGACUGCUCCGACACUUGCUUUCACAGCCGUUUCCGAACUUACGAUGGCACCUGCAACAACCUGCGUCAUCCCAUGUUGGGAGCCUCGCUCACACCUUUCGAGAGACUCCUUCCGGCGGAGUAUGAGAACGGAUUCAACACACCCAUUGGAUGGACCGCUGAAAAACCAGUAAAUGGCCACCGCCUCCCGCUGGCUCGAGCCGUGUCGACCGGCCUGGUAUCCACAGAGGUUGUGGAAGGAGACUCUGAACACUCCCACAUGUUGAUGCAGUGGGGGCAGUUUCUCGACCACGACAUGGACUUCUCCAUGCCGGCCAUCAGCCACGAGAGAUUCAUCGACACCGUCGACUGCGCCGACUCCUGCGACAACGUCAUGCCUUGUUUUCCGAUAGAGGUACCGGAGGACGACCGGCGUGUCCGUGGCCACCGAUGCAUCGAGUUCGUUCGAUCGAGCACGGCAUGCGGUUCGGGGCGCACUUCGGUGUUCUACGGAGCGCUGGCACCGCGAGAGCAGACCAACCAGCUCACAGCGUUCAUCGACGCCUCCAACGUGUACGGCAGCCGAGCCAAGCAGGCCAUUCACCUGCGCAACUUGACCAGCGACCGCGGCCUCCUGAGGGUGGGGCACCGCAUGCCUUCGGGAAAGUAUCUGCUGCCUUUCAACGAUGGACAGCCCAAUGACUGCAAGAGAAACUCCGAGAUAAACGACGUGGACUGCUUCCUGUCGGGCGACGUCCGCGCCAACGAACAGCUCGGCCUGCUCGCCAUGCACACGCUCUGGUUCCGCGAGCACAACCGGCUCGCAGAAUCGCUCAGCGAGAUCAACCCGCACUGGGACGGCGAGCGACUGUACCAGGAAGCGCGCAAGAUUGUCGGUGCCCAGAUGCAGCACGUCACCUACGAACACUGGCUACCCAAGAUACUCGGCCCAGUGGGGAUGGCCGCCAUGGGCCCUUAUCGGGGCUACAAACCGGACGUGAACCCUUCGGUGGUGAACGUGUUCGCCACGGCGGCCAUGCGCUUCGGUCACUUUCUGAUCAACCCGGUGCUGCUUCGGCUGGACCACGACUGGAGGCCCGUGCGAGAAGGCCCCGUACCUCUCAGAAGGGCCUUCUUCGCCCCGCACCUGAUGCUCAGGGAAGGUGGCAUCGACCCGCUCAUGAGGGGCCUCCUGAUAGCACCCGCGAAGCUCAGGAAGGCAGACCAGCUGCUCAACUCCGAGCUCACCGAUCACCUAUUCGAGCCCGCCCUUGUGGUGGCCCAGGACUUGGCCUCCUUCAACAUUCAACGGGGUCGAGACCACGGAAUGCCGGGAUACAACAAGUGGCGUCAGUUCUGCAACCUCUCGCGGGCCGAGAGCUUCGACGAUCUACGUCACGAGAUAGCCAGCGCCCAGCUCAGGCGCAAAUUGGAGCGCCUCUACAAGACACCCGACAACAUCGACGUCUGGGUGGGCGCUAUCGGUGAAGAGCCCUUGCCUGGGUCGAAAGUGGGACCGACGCUGACCUGCCUGUUGAGCCUGCAGUUUUCACGAUUGCGUGACGCUGAUAGGCUGUGGUACCUGAACGAAGGCACGUUCACUGCUGAACAGCGAGAGGAACUCAAGCGCUCGUCGCUGGCCCGCGUGCUCUGCGAGAACGGGGACAACAUCACGCACGUCACACGCGAUGUGUUCACGCUGCCGGACAGACAGGCCGGUGGCAUCGUCCACUGUCGGGAGAUACCGGCGCUGAACCUCGAACACUGGAGGGAGCGAACUCCAGACCAAAAGUGUCCUGAAGUUCGCAGCAAGCUGAGGACGAGGAAAACUCGAACCGCCGCUCAAGUUGGUCCCGAAAGUCGACAGGAGAGCACGCAGGUUCACACGCCAUGACUGCCGAAAACACACAUUGUUGUCGACUUUUCCUUUAACUCGUUUCUGCGAGAAUCGUUUCUAUAAACGCAGUAUUUUGUGUAACGAAUCUGCAAUAAUUUUUACCGUUUUUUUACAACCCCCUCAACUGGCAGCUUAAUAAGGUACGCGCGAUCACAUAGAACGCGUCACACUCUUAGUGGAGGAUCGUUUUUUUUUUUUGCUUAUUCAUCCAAGUGGGCGUAACCAGCUGAGACAACUGAGACAUAUUUCUUUUCACGUUUCGAACGCUCGAUCGUCUCUUCGAUGAGCAUUAAUUCUUGGAGCUUGAAAUACGGCCUUUGCAGGAGGGCGAACUAUGCUUGUAACUCUCUGUGCAGCAUUCUGUCGCGUGCAUGACACCAUCAUCAUAACAUCCGCAACGGGGCACAGCUGAACGAUGGCUUUCUCGAAAACCGAAAAAUGGAGAGAAGAAAUGAACGGUGGCUCUCGAAAAAUUCGCGUGUGAGAGGGUUUACCUCUAGCGACUCGGAAUUGUAGGCACCACAUAACAAUAUUUACUUCUUCGUAUAGUUAACCUUAAGAAAGAACAAACUAUAGUGUCGAAAAUAUCACGUCCUUGCACCAAGCAAACAGAGGACAGGCGCUAAGUAUCCGAUCGACUGUUUGACGUAGCUGCUUCUAUGCUGUGCAUCGUUUCUGGGCUCAGGUUGCUUGUUGCUCGUGUAUAUAAAAGAAAGACGCCUUUUGUUUUCUUGUUACUAUAGAAUGCAUCUGUUGCGAAACGUGUGCAUUUGCGUUUUUGUUAGUGUUACGAACUAGAAUUUCGCGCGCAACAUUGACACUGCCAUCUUGGAACAGGCGUCCAAUCGUUUUAAACUUCUCUGUCAGCACAACCUGUUAUACUGUUUGCAUUGUGUGUGUGUUGUUGUUGUUUGCACUCAACAUCAGUGUGAUUGCAUUGAAAAAAAGAUUCGUAAAAGUUCAAUAAAUACGUUGUUCAAACAU